GGACCUGCUGGUCCUCCCCAGGGAGGCGGUGGUGGAGAGCCGCAGAGGGGGGAGCGGAUGCUUGGCAGCGGGGCAGGCGCUGCCGCAGUGCCCCAGCUACUGGUUUUGGGUUGUUCCGUCUCAGUUACCAACCGUGUCCUUGGUCUGGGAGUGGAGGCCUGCAGUGAUGCUGGCAGCCAUCGACUGUGCUGACGAGGCCAACCAGCAAGUGUGCGCUGAUUUUGGGAUAACCGGCUUCCCCACACUGAAGUUCUUCAGAGCUUUUAGCAAGAAUGCAGAGGAUGGGAUAAGGAUUACCAAUCCCAGUGCCACCAUCGAGGACCUGCGCCAUGCCAUCAUCACGAACCUCGAGCAGAGCCAGGACGCUUGGCCGCCCGCCUGUCCUCCACUGGAGCCAGCAAGUGCAGAGGAGAUUCGCAGCUACUUCCAGAGGAACAAGGACCAGUACCUGGCACUGAUCUUCGAGAAAAGUGACUCCUUUGUGGGCAGAGAGGUGGCGCUGGACAUGCUGCAGUACGAGAACGUGGCAGUGAGGAGGGUGCUGAGCAGCGAGGAGGAGCUUGUGGAAAAGUUCGGUGUCACCACCUUCCCCUCCGGUUACCUGCUCCUCCGCAACGGCUCCUUCUCCCGCCUGCCCGUGCAUGUGGAGGCGCGCUCCUUCUACACCUACUACCUGCGCACGCUCUCGGGUGUCACCCGCGGCUCCUACAAGCUGAACACAACCGUCGGCACUUCCAACGAGACCAGCGCAUCCCAACCGAAGCGUGCCGACCGCUCCAAAGUGUACAUGGCCGACCUGGAGUCCACGCUGCACUACUCCCUGCGGGUGGAGGCUGGCCCCCCCCACACUGUCACGCGACCCGCCACACUGUCAGGAGCCCAGCUGGCCGCCUUCAAGUGCUAUGUAGCCACGCUGGUGAAGUACUUCCCCGGGCGCCCCUGCGUGCAGACCUAUCUGCAGUCCCUGGACGGCUGGCUGAGGAACUGGACGGAGCCCGAGCUGCCCCGCAGCACCUUGAAGGAGGCCACGAAGAAUAACAGAGAU